UGUAUUGAGUCAGCGUCAUGACUUCUGACUAUGCGCAUGUAAUGGACAGACAAGACUCACUGACUAGCCGUCUGGAGAGCCCGAUAUCAGCCAAACUGGAAACACUUCAGGCCAAGAAGAACUUCUCUGUCAGUCACCUGUUGGAUCUGGAGGAGGCGCGGGAGAUGGUAGGGGCUCAGGCCAAUGAGAGCGCCGGGGAUGCGGGAAGGAGUAUGGUGGAGUCCCCGGGGCUGACCAGCGGCAGCGAUACGACUCAGCAGGAGAAUGAGCAUGUGAGUUCUAAGGAGAAGAAGAGAAAGCAACGUCGUAACAGGACGACCUUCAACAGCAGUCAGCUGCAGGCGCUAGAGAGAGUGUUUGAGAGGACACACUACCCUGACGCCUUCGUACGGGAGGACCUGGCACGCAGGGUUAACCUCAUUGAGACACGGGUACAGGUGUGGUUUCAGAACAGGAGGGCUAAGUUCCGUCGUAACGAGCGUGCUAUGCUGGCCAGUAAAAAUUCCUCCAUGAUAAAGUCCUACUCUCGUGACCUCACGGCAGUGGAGCAGCCAAUCGUACCUCUCCCCGCCCCUCGACCCAACGACUACCUGUCCUGGGGCUCCUCUUCACCCUACAGUGCCAUGGCAGCGUACCCCCCCACCUGUUCCCCCACCACCUCAGCCCAGGGGAUGAACAUGGCUAACAGCAUCGCUAACCUCCGGCUCAAAGCCAAGGAGUACAGCCUCAACCAGGUGCCUACUGUCAACUCAUGAAGAGGAGGAAGAUAAAGGACGACACAGCAACCAGUUCUAACUGCAGAAAUCACGUUUACCAAAGGACGACACAGCAAUCAGUUCAAACUGCAGAAAUCACGUUUACCAAAGAACGACACAGCAACCAGUUCAAACUGCAGAAAUCACGUUUACCAAAGGACGACACAGCAAUCAGUUCAAACUGCAGAAAUCACGUUUACCAAAGGACGACACAGCAACCAGCUCUAACUGCAGAAAUCACGUUUACCAAAGGACGACACAGCAACCAGUUCAAACUGCAGAAAUCACGUUUACCAAAGGACGACACAGCAACCAGUUCAAACUGCAGAAAUCACGUUUACCAAAGGACGACACAGCAACCAGCUCAAACUGCAGAAAUCACGUUUACCAAAGGACGACACAGCAACCAGCUCAAACUGCAGAAAUCACGUUUACCAAAGGACGACACAGCAACCAGCUCAAACUGCAGAAAUCACGUUUACCAAAGGACGACACAGCAACCAGCUCAAACUGCAGAAAUCACGUUUACCAAAGGACGACACAGCAACCAGUUCAAACUGCAGAAAUCACGUUUACCAAAGGACGACACAGCAACCAGUUCAAACUGCAGAAAUCACGUUUACCAAAGGACGACACAGCAACCAGUUCAAACUGCAGAAAUCACGUUUACCAAAGGACGACACAGCAACCAGUUCAAACUGCAGAAAUCACGUUUACCAAAGGACGACACAGCAACCAGUUCAAACUGCAGAAAUCACGUUUACCAAAGGACGACACAGCAACCAGUUCAAACUGCAGAAAUCACGUUUACCAAAGGACGACACAGCAACCAGCUCAAACUGCAGUCUUUGUUUUUGACGACAUAAUUUCAAUGAAUGUAUUUAGUGUGUUUUAAUGUGCGCGAUCGUCUACAGAAAACUGGUCCUAAACGCGAGAGACAUUUGAGAGCAUAUCCUGUCUAGCUAAGGGGCCACGAUGGCCAACGAUUGAGACUGAAUGUGAUGCAUUAGACCAGAGGGUAACUGACUGUAUUCAACAAUGUUAUCCAGUUUUAGUACCAACUUCCUCUCCUCACUCUGGCACCAACAGGAUAUGUGCCACAUUUGCCUUAGAAUUUCUGAAUUUCAAACAUUUGGGGACUUUUGGGAGACUUGUAUUGAUUUCUAUAUUUUUGGGCUGGUUUGAAAACUUUUGGAAAGUUUUUUGUAGAUUUAUUUUGAUAACUCUGGACUUUUGAUGAAUUCUAACCCAAAACAAAGACAAAAACAAUCAGACAAACUUUUCUAACCCUUUUCCUUUUCCCAGCACUGGCCUGAGGAGCCAAGCCUUCUCUCCUGGAGUUAAAUGAGGAGCCAAGCCUUCUCUCCUGGAGUUAAAUGAGGAGCCAAGCCUUCUCUCCUGGAGUUAAAUGAGGAGCCAAGCCUUCUCUCCUGGAGUUAAAUGAGAAGCCAAGUCUUCUCUCCUGGAGUUAAAUGAGGAGCCAAGUCUUCUCUCCUGGAGUUAAAUGAGGAGCCAAGCCUUCUCUCCUGGAGUUAAAUGAGAAGCCAAGUCUUCUCUCCUGGAGUUAAAUGAGGAGCCAAGCCUUCUCUCCUGGAGUUAAAUGAGGAGCCAAGUCUUCUCUCCUGGAGUUAAAUGAGGAGCCAAGCCUUCUCUCCUGGAGUUAAAUGAGGAGCCAAGCCUUCUCUCCUGGAGUUAAAUGAGGAGCCAAGUCUUCUCUCCUGGAGUUAAAUGAGGAGCCAAGCCUUCUCUCCUGGAGUUAAAUGAGGAGCCAAGUCUUCUCUCCUGAAAUUAAAUGAGGAGCCAAGCCUUCUCUCCUGGAGUUAAAUGAGAAGCCAAGUCUUCUCUCCUGGAGUUAUAUGAGGAGCCAAGCCUUUACUCCUGGAGUUAAAUGAGGAGCCAAGUCUUCUCUCCUGGAGUUAAAUGAGGAGCCAAGUCUUCUCUCCUGGAGUUAAAUGAGGAGCCAAGCCUUCUCUCCUGGAGUUAAAUGAGGAGCCAAGCCUUCUCUCCUGGAGUUAAAUGAGGAGCCAAGCCUUCUCUCCUGGAGUUAUGAUGGUACUAUAUGGGACUUAUUAUAGACUUAUUUUCAGUUGGAUACGGUCAUCUUUUGUUAUUGCCUUACACAGCCACAGGUCAAGUUGAUUCAACAUGUUUUAAUCGACCCCAUUAGUCUUUUGAAUUUAAUAAGGCCUAACAGCUUUAAUAGCCUCUGUUUACACCCUGAUAUAUCUUUAUUAGUAACGACGCUCUGCAAUAAAGAGAUGCUGUCAUUCACAGGAUACUUCACUGUACUGACGCCAUGGUAACACUGCAACGUUCUAGGUGGCGCUUCGUGAUGUUCUUUUGACUUAUGUUUAAAGAAGUGAAAAUGUCAACCUGCAGACUCAUAGAGGGCUACUAGGGGGAAACAUGUCUAUUUAAAGGCUUUGUGUUAAUUGUGUGUUCGUUAGAGGGCUGUAUUAGUUUUACGAAAAUCAUAUACGCUGAGUGUACAAAACAUUAGGAACACCUUCCCUAAUAUUGAGUUGCGCGCUACAAACGAAUAUGACCCAACUGUGGAGACUCUCGCGACUCUUUUUACGACCCUCUACAAGUGUCACGGGACUCAUCUGAAGUGUAACCUGGAAACGCUUUCAAAAAUGAAUGGAAGUAUGGAAGUAUACUGAACAAAACAUGUAAAGUGUUGGUCCCAUUUUUGAUGAGCUGAAAUAAAAGAUCACAGAAAUAUUGAA